AUGCCAGCUUUCCAGGCUCCCCUUCUCCCCUUCUCCCCUUCUCCCCUUCUCCCCUUCUCCCCUUCUCCCCUUCUCCCCUUCUCCCCUUCUCCCCUUCUCCCCUUCUCCCCUUCUCUCCUUCUCUCCUUCUCUCCUUCUCUCCUUCUCUCCUUCUCUCCUUCUCUCCUUCUCUCCUUCUCUCCUUCUCUCCUUCUCUCCUUCUCCCCUUCUCCCCUUCUCCCCUUCUCCCCUUCUCCCCUUCUCCCCUUCUCCCCUUCUCCCCUUCUCCCCUUCUCCCCUUCUCCCCUUCUCCCCUUCUCCCCUUCUCCCCUUCUCCCCUUCUCCCCUUCUCCCCUUCUCCCCUUCUCCCCUUCUCCUCUUCUCCUCUUCUCCUCUUCUCCUCUUCUCCUCUUCUCCUCUUCUCCUCUUCUCCUCUUCUCCUCUUCUCCUCUUCUCCUCUCCCCUCUUCUCCUCUUCUCCUCUUCUCCUCGCGCGCUGGAGCUGGCUGCGCAGGGCAAGAGCAUCUGCUACUUCAUCCUGUGUCUCCUAGAGAUCCAGAGGAACAUCCAGAUGGAUCAGGAGGGGGAGGCUCUACACUCGAGUCUCCUGGACGCGUGCAAGGCCUUUGUGCGAUGCCAGUGCCGAGAAGGAAAGAUGGGGGAGAUGUACCAGGUUCUGACUCACUUCAUUAGCAACUCGUUGAUCUUCUUCGAGUGGGAGAGGUUCCUGAACGAGAUCUUCCAAGACACCCGGGCCCACCAAGAGCGCUUCUUGGUGACGCACCUCGAGCAAGUCUGGACAAGGUACAAGAGGUUGAAAGAGAUCCUUGAGACCAUGUUCGACUACCUGGAUGCAAACUUCACCUGGCGCCAUCGUCUCCCCAAAGUCGGCGAGCUGGUCAGAGAUCACAUGCGGAGGCGCUGCUUCUCGUCCGCAGUGAUCGCAAAGAACGAACUCUUCUCAUCCCAGGGCGGGCGAGAUGAGACACUCAAGCAGGUGAAGUUCACGAUGGGUUUCGUGACGUAG